AUGCAACCACUCCUGCUCUUGUUGGCCUUUCUUCUGCCCCCUGAGCCUGGGACAGGAAUCAUCAUCGGAGGACAAGAGGCCAGGCCUCACUCCCACCCCUACAUGGCAUUGAUUCAUGCUCUGCAUGAGAGGAAGGUCCAGAGGUGUGGUGGUGUCCUUGUGGAAAGGGAUGUUGUUCUGACGGCUGCUCACUGCUGGGGAAGCACAAUCAAGGUGACCCUGGGGGCCCACAACAUCCUGAAUCAAGAGAGGACCCAGCAGGUCAUCUCUGUGAAAGAAGCCAUCUGCCAUCCAGACUAUAAUCCUAAGAAGUCCUCCAAUGACAUCAUGUUACUAAAGCUGGAGAGAGAGGCCAGGCAGACUGCAGCUGUGCAGCCACUCAGCCUGCCCUGGGGCCAGGCCCCAGUGAGGCCCGGAGAGGUGUGCAGUGUGGCCGGCUGGGGGAAAGUCUCAAUAGACACUUUAGCAACCACUCUGCAGGAGGUGGAGCUGACCGUGCAGCAGGACCAGGAGUGCAAAUCCUACUUUAGCAAUAAUUACAACAGUACCACUCAGCUGUGCGCUGGGGACCCGAAGGAAAAGAAGUCUUCCUUUCAGGGGGACUCUGGGGGCCCUUUCAUGUGUAAGAAUGUGCUCCAGGGCAUUGUCUGCUGUGGAAAAGAGAAUGGGAAACCUCCACGGGUCUUCACCAAAGUCUCGAGCUUCUUGCCCUGGAUAAACGAAACCAUGAAAUCCUAG